CCCACACUAUCUGAACUCAAUGCUGUUUUCGCACUUUCUUCUAAAUCAUUAUUUCCAACCCUUAUAUGUAAGAAGAGAAAGGCGCUGUGUACAAAGUGAUAUUAGUAGCUUUUGAAAAGGUUUUCUUAAAAAUCAACAACAACUACAGUCUGGGAUAAGAAGAUUCUAAUUCAGUUUUGUGUUUAAAUUUCAGGAUAUUGUCACAAGUUGAAGGAUACUAACAAUGACAGAAAAAAAUAUAGAUCAGAAAGAAAAGAGGGAUGAUAAGAAUAAGAGGGUACUAUAUUCUGUUAAGGACGUACCACCCUGGCAUAUAACUUUAAUUCUUGGUUUUCAGUCCUUUCUGACAUGUCUCGGUGGAACAUUCUCUUAUCCACUGAUCAUACAGUCUUCAUUGUGUUUGUCCACUGACGCUGUUGGUCUAGCUCAGAUAAUUGGUACAACAAUAUUUGUUUCUGGUUUAUCUACAUUGAUACAAACUAUUUUUGGUAUUAGGUUACCUAUUGUACAGAGCUGUAGUUUUGCUUUUGUUACACCAGUUAUAUCCCUUCUAACUUUAAGCCGAUGGUCAGAUUGUCCUUUUAAUAAUGAAUCAUUGAAUCAGACUUUAUUACCUGAAAUUGGUGGCGCUGUUCAUCGGGAACUAUGGCAGGCCAGGGUCAGAGAAGUAAAUGGGGCUAUUAUGCUGGCUUCAAUAUUUCAAGUUGUUAUUGGAUUAAGCGGGGUGCUGGGCUUAAUGAUGAAUUUCAUUGGUCCAUUGACUGUUGCUCCUACCAUUGCCAUGAUUGGUCUGUCGAUUUUUGAAGUGGCCUAUCAUAAGAGUGAGAACCAGUGGUGGAUUGCUGUCAUGACCGUGGCUUUAAUAGUGAUAUUUUCUCAGUAUUUAAGAAACAUUUCUAUACCAUGUGUUGGAUACACUAAAGGGUCUGGUUUCAGUAAAACAAAGAUACCAAUAUUCAACUUAUUUCCGGUAUUGUUUGCUAUAGUAACGGCAUGGGUUAUUUGUGUAAUAUUAACUGUUACUGGUGCUCUCUCUGAUGACCCAAAAGGCUGGGGAUAUGCUGCUAGAACAGAUACCAAACUGAGGGUUUUAGACGAAGCUGACUGGUUCCGAUUUCCUUAUCCAGGGCAAUGGGGCACACCAACUGUAAGUUUAGCUGGUGUUUUUGGUAUGCUAGCUGGAGUGUUUGCGUCUAUGAUUGAAUCCGUUGGAGAUUAUUACGCAUGUGCACGGUUAGCUGGGGCACCUCCGCCACCAGGAAGUGCCAUCAGUCGUGGUAUUGGUACGGAAGGACUGGCUUGCAUAAUUGGUGGUGCUAUCGGUUCACCAGGCGGUACUACCUCUUACAGUGAAAAUAUUGGAGCCAUUGGCAUCACAAAAGUUGGUAGUCGUGUUGUUAUUCAAGUAGGAGCUGUUAUAAUGAUAAUACUUGGUUGUUUUACUAAAUUUGGUGCACUGUUUGUUACAUUACCUGAUCCUAUUGUAGGUGGCAUGUUUAUUGUUAUGUUUGGUAUGGUAACGGGGGUAGGAAUAUCUAAUUUACAAUUUGUGGAUUUGAAUUCCUCAAGGAAUUUAUUAGUUGUGGGACUACCAAUGGUGUUUUCUCUGUGCUUACCUAAAUGGUUAGAAACUCAUCAAACAGCCAUUAACACAGGCGAUGAAAUAGCUGAUCAGAUAUUAACUGUUUUAUUUGGAACCAGUAUGUUUGUAGCUGGUGCUCUCGCAUUUUUUCUAGAUAACACAAUCCCAGGAACUUUAGAAGAAAGGGGAAUUCUAAAAUGGAAACAGAAAGUCGAAGGAGCAGACACAGAUGAUUCUUCAGAUCUCACAAUCUAUGACAUUCCUUUGAUUCAGAAAUACCUCAAUUCAAUGACAUGGCCUAAAUAUGUUCCAUUUCUGCCGAAUUUUACGGGUGAUAAGGUUGGCUCGGGAGGCGGAUGUUGUGGUCGCAAAAAAUCUGCGAAUAUAACCGAUGCUGAAAUUUACGUAAAUAAUGGAUUUACAGACAUUGAGGGUGGGCAGAAGGAGACGAAUGACAAGUUAAAUAAAAAACCAGAAACAAUAAUGUGAAGUAGAAUUAGUAAUUAGUAUUAACAUGGUUUUAGUUAUGAUGAAAAAUACGGUGCUUUUUUGUUCUAACAAUUCUGUAUUUAUUCUGCGUAACUUUUUUGCGCAUUUCUUGCUUCGUGCAAAAAUACCAAAACCUUAGCGAAUCACGGUAUACAGGGAGGGAUUUUCGAGUUUAGGUUUUAUAUAAGCCAGCCUAUACUUUUUUUCGUGUAAAGACUUUUAUGAUUAAUACCUGGCUAAUACAAAAGAUUAUUGUUACCUUGUUAUCUAAGUCCCAAAACGAUGGUGGUAUAGAAUCAUUUGAGAUUUAAAAUAUAUCAUUUAUUAAUACAUGUAUACUGGCGGAUAUGCUGUAUUUUUUAUGACCAGAUUCAUAAACAUAAAAACACUAAUCAAAUAUUCGGGUGAUAAUACAACAAGUUGGAGACAUUUAGGUCUUUAUAAAUUUCAUGCAUGUAACUACAGAACCAUUGUCAUAUCACUGUAUUGUUACCAUCUCACUGCAUAUUGUUGAACAGCUUUCAUUAGUUAUUUUUGUAUGUUGGAAUUUUUUUUCAUUAACUUCCUUCGUCUAAUUAUCCUGAUAUUAAAACGACAUGAUAUCCAUUCCAGUGGACCAUUUUUAACAGUCAUUAUAUUAUGCAAGAGCUAAAUCUGCCUAUUGUUGGUCUUUCUUUAGGCAAUAGUAUAUAAACUAUUAAUUAGACAUUCAUUAACAUGACAAGACCAUAAUCAACUCUCGAUGCCAUCUGAGGGGUCCGAUUUAUAUCCGAGAACUGUCAGCUCUUUAUCUAAUCUCCCAUAAGACCGCUUUAAGAUAUUAAAAAAUCAGUUUAAUAUAUAGGAUCAUCAGUUUAAUGUAUUGGAUCAUCAGCUUAUUAUAUUGGAUCAUCGGUUUAAUAUAUUGGAUCACCGGUUUAAUAUAUUGGAUCACCGGUUUAAUAUAUUGGCUCACCAGCUUAAUAUAUUGGACCAUUGGUUUAAUAUAUUGAAUCAUCAGUUUAAUAUAUUGGAUCAUCGGUUUAAUAUAUUAGAAAAGUUUUGACAUAUUGGGUCACGAGUUUAAUAUAUUAGAGCAUUACCUUAAUAUAUUGGAUCAUUUCAUUUCGUAAAAUUCGUUUUUAAUUUUUAAAAAAAUUAAAUUUAACAAAUAAAUUUACAUCAA